AUGUCGUUCCCCGUUGCAGGUCUCAUUCACGAGUACGCUCCCCGCCACAUUGCGUUCGAGUUUGCCCCGGCGGCGCACAAAAACGUGGUUAUCUUUAUCGGCGGCCUUAUGGACGGCCUCCUCACGGUCCCGUAUCUCCAGCGGCUGGCAGAAGAGCUCGCCAAGAUUAACUACUCGCUUGUGCAGAUUGAGUUCUCGUCGUCGCACAUUGGCUGGGGGACGGGCUCUUUGAACAGAGACUCGACCGAGAUCUCCCAACUCGUCACGUACCUAAAGUCCGAGAAGGGCGGUAAGCGGUCGACCAUCGGAUUGAUGGGCCACUCCACCGGGUGCCAGAACACCACCCACUACUUUACCAGACAGGAGAGAGACGAUCCGGCGAAGUACUCCGCAGUGGACUUCGGCAUUCUGCAAGCGCCUGCCUCCGACAGAGCCUCGGCCACGAUGAUGAUGUCGAAGGAGGAGUUGGAGGAGUCGUUGGUCAUCGCCAACGACCUGAUUGCCCAGGGCAGGUCCGACGAGAUCAUGCCACACAAGUUCAUCAAGCGCUUCUUCAACGUCCCAAUCAACGCGUACAGAUGGAACUCGCUCAUGGCGGUCAGAGGCGACGAUGACUUCUUCUCUCCAGAUCUAGAGGACGCAGACUUCGCCACAACCUUCGGCAAGUUCGAUAGGCCGUUCUUGGUCCUCUACAGCGGCUCGGACGAGUACGUUCCGAAGUGGCUGGACAAGGAGGCGUUGCUGGACAGAUGGGCAAAGGUCGCCAGCGUAAACUGGUCCCAGUACAGCACCGUUGUCGAAGGCGCAUCGCACAACAUCGGUGAAGGGUCCACCAACAACGCCCAGAAAAACGCCGUCGAUACGGUCAUCAAAUUUAUUCAAUCUAUUUAA